AGGAAUGAGGGCGGAAAUAAACACGGAAGUGCUUCGAUGAAAACCACGACAGAAAGGACGACACGUAGUCUAUGUCCAGUUUCAGCCUGUUCGGAACCAAAAUGAACUUAAACUGAAUACAUUACAGCAUAUUUCAGACUGCAGUGUAUUUGGUUUUGUUAGUUUAGUCUGAAGUGUAGUUUUUCUGCUCCUAACGGUCUGAAUGGAGUCAGCUAGAGGGGUCGUUUUGGCCACAGAGCGAUAUGGCAGUGCAGGGUCCUGGAAGUAUUUUGCAAAGGAUGCAGUGAUGGAGAGGAGAAGAGAUGGGGGUGAAGGGGAAUCAAGAGGAAACUCUAUUGUUGGAGUGUUUAAAAGUGUCUUUCUGCCUCAAGGCUAUCCAGAGAGCGUCAGUGGUGAUUACCUGCAGUACCAGUUUUGGGAUACUGUGCAGGCGUUCGCCAGUUCUCUGUCAGGGACUCUGGCUACGCAGGCGUCCCUCAGAGGUGUCGGGGUUGGAAACCAAGAGGCAACAGUAGCUGCAGCCACAGUCACCUGGUUACUCAGAGAUGGAACUGGCAUGUUGGGAAGAAUCCUCUUCGCUUGGCAGAAAGGGAGUAAACUGGACUCUGAGGCCAAAAAAUGGAGGCUUUUUGCUGAUGUUCUCAACGACAUCGCCAUGUUCAUGGAAAUAUUAGCUCCAUACUUUCCUGCUUGCUUCACCCUGAUUGUCUGUACAGCAGGAAUAUUCAAGUCUCUUGUUGGAGUGGCAGGCGGUGCGACCAGAGCGGCUCUGACUGUUCAUCAGGCCCGCAGAGACAACAUGGCCGACAUCUCUGCCAAAGAUGGCAGUCAGGAGACUUUAGUGAAUCUGGCUGGACUGCUGAUCAGUUUGAUGCUCAUCCCCCUCGUCACUGAUAAUCCAAUACUGACAGUCGGCCUCUUCCUCCUCUUCACCGUCCUCCACCUCUUUGCCAACUACAAGGCUGUGCGCUCGGUUGUCAUGGAAACCUUAAAUGAGGCGCGGCUUUUGAUUGUGCUGCAGCAGUACCUGAGAGACAGACGGGUCCUGAGUCCACUGGAGGCCAAUCGGAGAGAACCAGUUUUCUUGGAGUUAAGGAAAACUGUGCCAAUCAAACUUGGAGUGAGGCUACAAGAAGUUGUACAAAGCCCAGAGGAUCUCAAUUUGGCUUUGAAGGAAAACAACAUGCCUUAUCUUUUGGGAGUACGAAAUGGCUGCGUAUGUGUUUGUUUGGGACCGGAAGCGUCAGUACAAGAUGAAAUCAGAGCCAUGAGCCAAGCUGUGUGGCUCAGCAGCAAGUUGAGCUCUCCAACUUCCAGAGACCCUCCAACACAAAGUAACUGGGAAAUGGUGCAUGAAAGUCACAAGAUGAUGGACAAGAUUUUCAAUCCAUUUCUCAAAGGUGUGGAAGCUGCAGGAUGGGACAUAAAACGAAACUUACUGGACUGGGAUGAGUGGCGGGUCGAGUGGAAAACAAAAAACAACUGAGCUGUCUGACAUCUGCAGCCAUUUUUCAUUGUUUAUCAUAGUUUCCAUGUUAAUCAAAAAGUGUUUUUUAAGUCCCUAUUGUUUGAUUGAUUCUGUGUGUAUGAUACAAGUACAGAGAAAAUCUAUAUUUGUUAAAAAUAUUUUUCACGGUAUUUACAAAAACAAAAGUUAAUGUAAUGUGUCAUACAAAUAAAAUAUAACUGACUGCC